UACCUGAGAAAAUGUUGGAAUAAGAGUUACUGAUACAUUGGAUUUGUUGGAUGAAAUACACGAAGUUAAUUUUUGUAACGUGAGGAAAAGCCUGAAUUGGUAGAUUACAUGUGUAAAUCACUGCGUUACUGCUUUAGUCAUUGUCUCUAUCUAGCAAUGACAAGACUGGAGGAAGUAAAUAAAGAAGUAAACAUGCAUUCUUCAGUGCGGUACCUUGGCUAUUUAGCCAGAAUAAACUUACUGGUGGCUAUUUGUUUAGGUCUUUAUGUAAGAUGGGAAAAAACAGCAAAUUCUUUAAUUUUGGUAAUUUUUAUUCUUGGCCUUUUUGUUCUCGGAAUUGCCAGCAUACUCUACUAUUAUUUUUCAAUGGAAACAGCAAGUUUAAGUCUCUCCAAUCUUUGGUUUGGAUUUUUGCUUGGCCUUUUAUGUUUUCUUGAUAAUUCAUCCUUUAAAAGUGAUGUGAAAGAAGAAUCAACUAAAUAUUUACUUCUGACUUCCAUAGUAUUAAGGAUAUUAUGUGCAUUAGUGGAGAGAAUUUCUGGUUAUGUCCGUCAUCGACCUACUUUACUAACCACAGUGGAAUUUCUGGAACUUGUUGGAUUUGCCAUUGCUAGCACAACUAUGUUAGUAGAGAAGUCUCUGAGUGUCAUUUUACUUGUUGUCGCCUUGGCCAUGCUGAUUAUCGACCUGAGAAUGAAGUCUUUCCUAGCUAUUCCAAAUUUGGUUAUUUUUGCAGUGUUGUUGUUUUUUUCUUCGUUGGAAACUCCCAAAAAUCCAAUUGCUUUUGCAUGUUUUUUUAUUUGCCUAAUAACUGAUCCUUUCCUUGACAUUUAUUUUAGUGGACUUUCAGUAACCGAAAGAUGGAAACCCUUUUUGUACCGUGGAAGAAUUUGCAGAAGACUUUCUGUUGUUUUCAGUGGGAUGAUUGAGCUUACAUUUUUUAUUUUGUCAGCAUUUAAACUUAGAGAUACUCAUCUCUGGUAUUUUGUAAUACCAGGCUUUUCUAUUUUUGGAAUUUUCUGGAUGAUCUGCCAUAUUAUUUUUCUUUUAACCCUUUGGGGAUUCCAUACAAAAUUAAAUGACUGCCACAAAGUGUAUUUUGCCCAUAGGACAGAUAACAAUAGCCUUGAUAGAAUCAUGGCAUCCAAAGGGAUGCGUCAUUUUUGCUUAAUUUCAGAGCAGUUAGUUUUUUUUAGCCUUCUUGCAACAGCAAUUUUGGGAGCAGUUUCCUGGCAGCCAACAAAUGGAAUCUUCCUGAGCAUGUUUCUGAUUGUUUUGCCAUUGGAAUCUAUGGCUCAUGGACUCUUCCAUGAAUUGGGUAGCUGUUUAGGAGGAACAUCUGUUGGAUAUGCUAUUGUCAUUCCCACCAACUUCUGCAGUCCUGAUGGUCAGCCAACACUGCUUCCACCAGAACAUGUUCAGGAAUUAAAUUUGAGAUCUACUGGCAUGCUCAACGCUAUCCAAAGAUUUUUUGCAUAUCAUAUGAUUGAAACCUAUGGAUGUGACUAUUCCACAAGUGGAUUGUCGUUUGAUACUCUACAUUCCAAACUGAAAGCUUUCCUUGAACUUCGGACUGUGGAUGGACCUAGACAUGACACAUAUGUUCUGUAUUACAGUGGGCACACCCACGGCUCAGGAGAGUGGGCUCUGGCAGGUAAAUUCAUCUUUGGUAAUUUCACUGUGGUAAAGAUACCCAUAUUUAUAGAAAUCUUUUCUAUGUACAGAUAUUAAAUUUCCCAGUUCAUCAUUUCAUGGUGCCCAUCCCCUUUAUGACUGUCUUUUUCUUAUCCAUGCCAAUAUAGCAUAAUUCUAAUAAUAAGUAAAGUUUUGGGGUUAUGUUUUAUAAUAGUUGGAACAAAGACUUGAUUUGAAACUUACGGUUUCCUUUUCAAGUAUUUUUAGAAUUAUUAAAUAUCCAUGUUUUAGAAGCUUCUUAGUACUUCUAAAUCUUUAAAUGUUAUAUGGUCCUUCUCACAUCUAGUUUUAUUUAUGUUAGAAACCUUCACUAAGGUUUUUUACGACGCGGCAGGGUCUAGUUACAUAGUCCAGGCUGACCUCCAGCUCGC